UUUAUUUUCCAAAACACACGCUCUCUCUUUCUCUCUCUUUCUCUCUCUCAUCUCAAAAAUGGAACCCAAUGAAAACCAGCUCAGCUCCUACUUCCACCACCAUCAACACCACCAUCAAAGUCCAACCACCACAUCGCCGACCAAUGGCCUUUUACCACCCACCCACCACCUCUCCUCCGCCGCCGCCUCCGACGCCGGUCCCCAUGUCGUAUACCCUCACUCUGUCCCUUCCGCCGCCGUGUCCUCGUCUCCUCUUGAGCCCGCACGCCGGAAGAGAGGCCGGCCGAGGAAGUACGGUACGCCGGAGGAAGCUUUAGCGGCUAAGAAAGCUGCCACGGCGUCGUCUCACUCUUCGUCCUCCAAGGCCAAGAAGGAACUCGCUUCUUCUUCUUCUCUUAAUGCCGUUUCCGCUUCUUCUUCCUUCUCCGCGCCUUCUAAGAAAUCUCAGUUGGCUACACUUGGUAAUGCAGGCCAAGGUUUUGCGCCACAUGUUAUUAAUGUGGCAGCUGGUGAGGAUGUGGGCCAGAAAAUUAUGAUGUUUAUGCAACAAUGUAAGCGGGAAAUUUGUAUCCUUUCUGCAUCUGGUUCGAUCUCCAAUGCAUCUCUCCGUCAGCCAGCGGCAUCCGGAGGCAAUAUUGCAUAUGAGGGUCGUUUUGAGAUUGUUUCAUUAUGCGGUUCUUAUGUACGGACUGACCUCGGAGGAAAGACCGGUGGUCUUAGUGUAUGUCUAUCAAGUGCUGAAGGCCAUAUCAUAGGAGGGGGAGUUGGUGGGCCGUUGAAGGCUGCUGGACCUGUGCAGGUUAUUGUUGGAACCUUUGUAAUCGACCCGAAGAAGGAAGUUGGUGGUGGUAAAGGCGAUGCAUCUGCUGGCAAGUUGCCCUCACCUAUUGGUGGGACAUCGAUGUCAAAUCUACGUUAUGGCUCCAACAUUGACUCGGGAGGUAAUCAAAUCAGGGGAAAUGAUGAACACCAAGGUCUUGGGGAGAGUCAUUUUUUACUUCAGCCUCGGGGAGUGAAUCUGACAUCACCGCGAUCAACGGAUUGGAGGACGGGUCUGGAUGCCACAAACACUGCUUAUGAUUUGACAGGAAGAACAGGCCAUCAUUCUCCCGAAAAUGGAGAUUACGAUCAGAUUCCCGAUUGAGAGCUAACAUUCAAGACGGAACGGGACUGCAAAGUUUGUCGUAGAUAAAUGUACAAUAUCAACAGUUGCAAUGCCAGUAAUCUUCCCUUCACUCGUUAGCUAAUUCUGGUUGUAGUAUGCACCAUACUGUAAAGGUGAUAACAAACUCUUUAGAAGUUUUUAUGCCCUUCUUGCAUUUUUAUUUUCCCCCCUUCCCUAAGUUUUUACCCAUCCAUCCACCUUUCAUGGUGUUUGCAUGUUAAGUCUCUGUCUAAUUCUAAUUCUCAUAUUUUCCCCUUAGAUGGACCAGUUUGCUGUAGUUGUUACAGUUUGCAAUUUCCAAUUCGAUCAUAUAAACAAAAACCUCUCUGGUGAUUUAGAA